AUGGCGGUAGUCUUUUCUCUUCUUCACAUCUGGCUCCGCUGUUUCUUCUUCCUCUUCGCACUCCCAGACCUAUCCUCGAACUCCCAUAGCUGCUCCGCUCACAGCUUCAACCGUAGGCUCUUGCCAUCUCCCAAUGCCUCGGCCAUUGCCGGUGUCUGGUCGCCGGCCGGGGCCACGUGGUACGGGAGCCCAAACGGCGCCGGGAGCGACGGUAAUAUCUCUUCAUCUUCGUAAGGUACCUUAUGCAUCCAGCGGCGAUUCUCACCUCGACUCCCAUACAGGUGGAGCCUGUGGAUACGGCGAAGGCGUGGAGAAACCUCCCUUCUCGUCCAUGAUCGCCGCCGGAGGACCAUCACUUUUUGAGUCCGGCAAGGCGUGCGGUUCUUGUUAUCUGGUGGAGAAAUAAGACUAAGCGCCAUUAUCUUUGAUUCCUUGCUUGAGAUCAGAUUAAGGACCGUUCUCUGAUUUCGAUGGGCGGUAGGUCAAGUGCAGUGAGAACAGAGCUUGCUCCGGCGACCCGGUGACCGUGGUGAUCACCGACGAGUGCCCCGGCGGACCCUGCCUCGCGGAAUCCGCACACUUCGACAUGAGCGGUACUGCGUUUGGAGCCAUGGCCCUGCCUGGGCAGUCCGACCAACUGCGUGGCGCCGGCGUGCUGGCUGUUCAGUUCAUGCGGUGGGUCCUUCAAUGAGUAUAUUUUCGGAGUUAGUUAUUGGAAAUAGUGCAGCAAAAACAUAAUUUGGUAAAUAUUACAAAUUUCAUAAACCGGUAUAUGCGGCGGAUUAUUUUUCUCCAAUAUUAUUCCCUGCCAUCAAAGCCUAUGAACGAUGAAAUUGACAUAGUGAAAGGCUUGUGUCACAUCACAAAAGUGUUUUAUUCUGUGGAGUAGCCCUUAAUUUAUUAUUAUUCUAAUGAAAUAAUGCUAAAAAGCCAUUUCUAUUAGGCUAGAAGGCCUUACUCUCGUCAUGUUUCUUCACUCCCACUAUAUGCAGUUCAGAAUGCAGCUAUGCGGGGCAGAACGUCGCCUUCCAGGUUGACGCCGGUUCCAACCCCCACUACCUGGCGGUGCUCAUCGAGUACGAAGACGGCGACGGCGAUCUCUCCGGUGUUUACCUCGGUCAGUCGCCGGGCUCCGGCUCGUGGCUUCCCAUGGAACAGUCAUGGGGUGCCGUAUGGAAAAUCAAUUCGGCUUUGGCCUUACGGGCGCCAUUCUCCUUCCGCCUGACCUCGCUCACAUCCGAGAAGACGUUCGUCGCCACCGACGUGAUUCCAGCCGGGUGGCAGCCGGGGGCGACGUACAGGUCCUCGGUAAACUUUAGCAGUUAG